CAUCCAAUCACAUGACAGUAAGAGAAACAUUCAUCCUGAAAGAGACUUGACAGAUAGUUAGUCAGUAACUGAACUCAGUCAUGCGUGUUCUCUGAGAAUCAAACCCAUGAUCUGGGCGUUUCCAGUGCAGCACUCGAGUCGUUGAGCAACAGGAUCAUUAAUCAUGCACAAUAAAAGACAUAUUAACAAUGUCAAACGAAAUAACACAAGAAGUGUUGUGAUGUAAACUCACAUGAGUCCAGUAACACUCAUUCAUCAGUAGCUUGUUAAAACUGAACUUUCACCGGUUGGUUUAUCAGAUGAUGUUGCACAUUUAUAGACUGACACAUUCAAAAUCUUCUGUAAAUCAGUGAUCACCACCUCUGUGUGACGCUCUUAUGUAUCGUGACAACUCAGAUGUGAUACAAACAUAUAAACACACACAGACAAACACACACAAACAGACACACACUCACAGGCAUACACACGCGCACGGACACAAACAUGCCUACACACACACACACACACACACACACACUCACGCGCGUGUACACACACACAUGCACGCGCAGACACACACACAUACACUCACACAAACAGACACACGCGCGCUGCAUUAUUUGUUAAGCUGCUGUAAAAGAAUUUGAGGAAUCGCUGCUUCUGCAUUUCUGCAACAAUGAACAAAUAAACAACAACAACACAGAAUCGAUUCAGGCUGGAAACCGCUUGAGAACACAAUAAAUGCGGAAGAAGUGACGAUGUCCUGUGUGCAGGUGACCCGGAUGUGUCGUUUGUUGACAUUUGAUCAUCUUCUGAUAAUGUUCGUGUUUGUGCGGGUAUUGUGAGGCGAGCGACGCGUCAGUCGGAGUGCGGCGCGUCAGUAGGUGGAGCAGCUUUUCUUCUCCUCAAUGUGAUCAGACCACUGCCGUGUUAAUUGCUGUCGUCCUGCUGAUCGACCCAAAGUGUGACAGGGACGCCAUCAUGGCGGCUAAAGUAGGAGACGACCCGGACAGCCUGAUGUCUCUGUGCACCGUCUUCUGUCUGAAGAACCUGCAGAGAACCAUGUGCUACACGGGAGAGCGGAACAGACUCCACCUGCGUCCUGACGUCUUCCUGCCCAGCGAGAUCUGUGAUAAACUGGUGAACGUGUACAUGGAUCUGGUCCACACUGACAGUGACUUUGAGCCGCAGGACGGCUUCUUCCAGCUCUUCAGUGACCCGCGCAGCACCCGACUCACCCGCCUGCAGCUUCGGGAGGAUUUCGUUCGGGACCAAGACAUGGAAGCCAUCGCGAAACAGGAUCUGAUCGAGCUUCAUCUGACCUACUGUAACCGUCUGACGGCUCGCAGUUUGAGAACACUCUACAGCUUCAGACACUGCCUGCUGUCACUCAGUCUGUUCGGAUGCUCCAACAUCUUCUUCAGGAAGGGCAGUGCUCCGCUGGCGUAUGGCGAGGACGAUGAUGAUGAAGAUCUGGAAGAGCAUCUUCACAGGCAAACAGUGGACCAGGACUUUAAUUUCCAGGGCUUCAACCGUUUACGGCUGUUGAAUUUGGGCGGUCUGCCUGCAGAUGUUGACGUAGAGACUCUGUUGAGACCGCUUCCUGCUCUCACCUCUCUGGACCUGUUGGGCAUCCAUCUGCCCCGCCCAGCAUUUCUCACCCAGUGGAAGGAGCGACUGGCGUCUCUUGUGCUCUAUAAUGUUGAUCUGACUGAGGAACUGAUCCACACGCUGCUGCAGAUGAGUGAACUGAGACACCUGGAUAUUUCCAGAGAGAAUCAGAGAACGUCUAAGUUUAAGAUGACAAGGAAGCUCUUGUGCAGUAUCGUUCAGGGUUUGGUCAAUCUGGUGUCUCUGGACAUCUCUGGACACAUCAUGCUGGACAACUGCACAGUGCCGCCGUUUGAAGAAGCCAUGGGACGUCCGAGCAUUGAGCCAUGUAAGAGCAGCAUUUACCCGUUUCAGGAGUUAAAGAGACCGCUGCAGUUCUUAGGACUGUACAACACCACACUCUGCAGCGUCACACACAUUCCUGCAUAUAAGGUCACAGGUUCUAAGAAUGAGGAUCAGAUCCUGAAUGCUAUCGAGGCAUACACAGAGCAGCGGCCAGAACUGGCCCAUCGAGCCAUUAACCAACUGUUUGACAUCGCCAGAAUUCAACACUGCAGCCAAUUGCUGCGAGCGCUGCAGCUGGUGAUUCGAGCAUUGAAGACUCAUAAAUAUGACAAGAGCGUUCAGGUGACGGGCAGCGCCGCCCUGUUUUACCUCACCAACACAGAGUACCGCAGCGAUCAGAGCGUGCGUCUGCGCAGACAGGUCAUACAGGUGGUGCUCAAUGGCAUGGAGCAGUACCAGGAGGUCACGGUCCAGAGGAACUGUUGUCUGACGCUGUGUAACUUCAGUAUUCCCGAGGAACUGGAGUUUCAGUAUCACCGUGUGAAUCAGUUACUGCUGAAGAUUCUUGAGCCGGAACGUCAGGACGAGUCCAUCCAGCGCAUCGCUGUUCACCUGUGUAACGCUCUCGUCUGUCAGGUCGAUAACGACCACAAAGAAGCCGUCGGCAAGAUGGGAUUUGUUAAGACGAUGCUGAACCUGAUACAGAAGAAACUGCUGGACGGAAUGUGUGAUCAGGUGAUGGAGUUCUCGUGGAGCGCUCUGUGGAACAUCACAGAUGAGACGCCGGAUAACUGUCAGAUGUUUCUGGAGUGUGACGGGAUGAAGCUCUUCCUGGACUGUCUGAAGGAGUUUCCUGAUAAACAGGAGCUGCAUCGUAACAUGUUGGGGCUGCUGGGUAACGUGGCUGAAGUGAAGGCGUUGAGGCCGCAGCUGCUGACCAGACAGUUCAUCACCGUGUUCAGUGAUCUGUUGGACAGUAAAGCCGACGGCAUUGAAGUGUCGUAUAACGCGUGUGGGGUUCUCUCUCACAUCAUGUUUGACGGGAUGGAGGUCUGGAACAUGGAGGAGCCGCAGAGGACACACGUCAUGGACAAAAUGUGGGCGGCCAUUCGGAGCUGGGACGUGACCUCACGACGAAACAUCAACUACAGGUCUUUUGAGCCCAUCCUGCGUCUCCUCCCGCAGAGCAGCGCUCCGGUCAGUCAGCACUGGGCCACAUGGGCGCUUUAUAACCUGGUGUCCGUUUACCCGGGUAAAUACUGCCCUCUGCUGGUAAAGGAAGGUGGCAUCGUUCUGUUGCACAAAGUUCUAGACCUGGAAACUUCUCAUCAAGAGACCAAGGACAUGGCACGGAAAGUCAUGGAUCAUUGUGAGAACUUUAAGGAAGACCCGAUGGACACCAGCCGGUAGACGUGUGGAGGACACACACCAUCAGCUGUCACUCCUGUCACAUACGUGACCGUCACACUACAGGUGUGUGUGUGUGUGUGUGUGUGUGUGUGUGUUUUGCACAUGGUCAGCAGUGAACACUGCAUCAUUCUAGGAGUGAUUUAUUUCUGUUUUUAUUUGUAUAUGAUAAUAUGAGUGAAUGUGUAUAUAUAUGUGUGUGUCUGGAAUAUGAGCUCUCACAGUUCCGGCUCUCUAUGAUGUCAUAAUGCCCAUGACGGACUGAUCCUAUCAGAAUGCAGAAUGUUUUAAUGGCGUUACUGUAAACACUCCUGUAAACAACUCUUGCAAUCUCAUGCAGUCGUCGCAGAACGUGUCAUUAAAGCGAUAUCUUUUGGGGAGUUUCUUUUUCUUAUUUUGUAUUUUUAGUGAUAUUAACUUUUUAUUUGCAAUGUUAUGAUGAAUAUGUAAUGAGGUAAACAGUGGGUCAGAGUUUUGUGUGUAUGUUUGUAGUGGAUCAGACGUAGUUUACACCUGCAGGUUUGUGCUUUUACAUGCAGCACAUGUUUUUCUACAAAUAAAAUCAUGAUGUACUGAAGUGUCAACACAACACUGGGUGUAAAGACAACACAUUCAUCUGUUACAAUCCGCUCGAUUGCUGUCCUUAUUUCUUACAGAUGCUGUUUUAUAAUAAUUUAUCCACUAUAAAAAUUCAAGAAGCACCUGUUUAUAAAUCUGUGAUAUUCUUAUAAACUAUGAAUGAUAUCUUUAAAUC